GUACAAGUGGAAUGUCAACAAGUGGUCUUCAACGUUGUGGAUUAAAACUGGUUUAAGAUCGUCUUUCCCAUUUUUUCUGUCAUUAAUUGAAGGAUAUUAUAUGUUCUUUGCAUCGACAGAUGGUGAGAAACAGUUUUUAUGGGCCACCAAACUACUGUUGAUGUAAUUUGCAGUCAAAUUGGAGAUCAUAACAUUUGAAAUAUGAAGAGAUUGAUGACAAAUUGAUAUGUAUUUUAUCACCUGAUGGUUAAUUAUGCAAUGGAGGUCAUCUUGGCUGUGGUACAACCUAAACAGAACAAUGUCUACACCCAGGAGUACCGCCCCAAGCUGUACAACAUCCUCUUACUGGACCACAGGACCACGUCCUUGGGGGAGAAGGGGAAGCCCACCAAGUACCUCCCAACCUUCCCUCUGACCAACCUUCAGGAGGAGGCGGGGGAUGAGGUCCUGGCCAAUCUGUACCAACUGACAGGAGGGGACCAUGUCGGCAUUAAAGGAGAGCGGGCUCUUCAGAUCCAGUGGUCCAGCGACAAGUAUAGGGAGUCCCUCACAAGAUUUGCCCUCUUCUGUGUUCCUGUGAACAAGGGAGAUAAACUAAAUCGUAUGUUUGCGGAAAAGUCCCCUGACUACCCUGGGUUUUUCUCUCUGGACUACGUUAUUGAUACACUGAAUAAUGACACAGUGGCCUACCCCCCACCCACCAGAACCUUUGUGUCCCAGCUAGAGAGUUGGUUGCGAGAGAAACAUGCCAUGCCUGGUGCUAUAAACAUUUUAUUUAGUCGGCGUGCGGAUUACAGAGUCAAACUGAGUGUCAACAACCCUGCCUUUUUACCUAGUCAAUUUGAGCAUGCUCACGAGUCCUCCGGAAUGGUGAUAGACUCCACUCCAGAUGAGAUCCGACACACAGCUCGAGAGGCCCUCACCAGGAUGCUGGAGAUUGAGAAGUGUGAGAAAGUAGUCCUCAACCCUCUAUUCGGAUCUUCUUUUCCCUGCAAACCAAAGGUGGUCAGGGCAGAAGUUAACAUGUACUGGGGUAUGGGUGUGCCUGAUUACAACAUACCUGUAUGGCCAGAAUCCCACAGAAACAGCAGCACUGGAGGAUCAUAUGAUAGUUUGUAUCCAGAGAAGUAUCAUAUGCACAAGCUUGUGAAUGAAGGCAACCUUCAGGCACUCAGAGAUGCUACAACUUAUGCUUCUCAUCUACUGGAUGAAAAACAUCCUAGAUAUGGAACACCUCUUCACUUGGCUGCAUACAAAGGUAACCUGGAAGCUGCCCGGAUCCUGCUAGAAUAUGGAUGUAAUCCUAAUGCACUGAAUGACCUGGGCCAGUCCCCACUCCAUAUAGCUGCCAAAGAGGGACACUGGACUGUGGUUCAGGAGCUCAUCAACAAGCCAGAAAUCACUGAGACUCUGGAGCUUUUGGACAAACAAAAGAGGACACCAUUAAGUCUCUGUGAACAGGAUCCCAGGUCUCCCAAGCACCAGAAAGCUGCCAACCUUAUUAUCUCAGCCAUUAAGAAAACGAGGCAGAUACAGGUGUUUUUAAUGGAUGGGACAUCAAUGAUGCUGAACUUAUCACAUGGAGAUCACACAACUGUUCAACAUCUCAAUCUACAGUUAUUAAGGGCAUUCAAUCUUCCUAUAAAACCUUAUGCAGAUUAUUUUACAAUUUGGAUAUGCUCGAAGAGUCUAGAGUUGCAACUGAAGUUGGAACACAAGCCAGUAGAGCACAUGAAUAACUGGCGUCGGAGAAUAGUUAGCAUGCUGACAGGGGCCACAGAUACCAGUAAAGAAAACCCCACCCUAAAGUGGAGGAGGAACGCCAAAGUGGGUGUGGUCUCAGAGGAAAGGGAGGUUACCCAUCCGCUAGCCAUUAGAACUCUGUUUUAUGAGGCAAAACACAACUAUGUUAAUGGCUUGUAUCCUUGUAAAGACCAUGAUGUCCACACUUUUGCCUCCAUCUUGAUUCUUCUUGAACAGAAAGGAAAGUACGACCCAGCCAGUGCUAAAUCUUUCCUACACCCACAUAAGAAUAUGAGCAGUUUGGUACCAGCUCCAAUUCUAAAAGCCAAAGGACAACACCUAUCGUCUACAAUAAUGAAGCGUUACAAAGAGUACUGUGGAGGUUUACAGGACGACUUGAAAUUCCAGAACCAGCCUGAGCAGUUUCUGCAAGGAAAAUUUCUGGAGUUUUGUAGGAAGUUGACUGUGUAUGGGUCAGCCUUUUUCACUGGAAGUCUACAGCCCAACAGUAAAUCCUCCAUAUUAUGCCACAUUGGUGUCAAUGAUGUAGGAAUACAUAUCAUAAACAUGAAGUCAAAAGUGAUGUUGUACAGUUUCCUGUACUCAGACAUCCGAUGGUCUCACCCAGAGGCCCAGCCCUCCUUCCUGGAGAUAUACACUGUGAAUGACAACUCUGACCCCCGCCAAGUGAAAAUCAAGUCGCGGCAAGCGGGCCUGAUAGAACACCUUAUGCAAAAGCUCAAAGAUCUCCAUCAAUACGAUGACAGACAAGUCAACCUUGUGUUCGGAACUUCUGGUCGAAGAUAGAUUGAAGUGCGAUUUUACUUUUCGGUUGUUCAUUGUAUGGUUGUGGUGUUUGUGUUGACUACAGUGAUCUGAUAAAUGAUGAAUGAGUGAAUAAAAGAAGUGGGUGUGUAUCUGUGUUUGAUGAAAUGUAUGAGAAAGUUUGUAUUUGUUGUUUUUUUAUACAGUAUGUUUUAUUUAUUAAAGUGCCUUUACAAAGACAUAAAA